CAAUAACUUACAGACUUUGCAAUCAUUCAUAGUUUUUUCAUCCCAGCAAGCUUUGGAUCUCCACCACCAUCAAUGGCGUCCAUCAGCUAUCUCAAGCUCCCCGUCAAAACAUCCAUCUCAUCAUGUACCAAAACAUCGAACCUAUUGGGGUUCACUCACUCGCAGGCCUUCGCUAACCAACCAAUGAAUUUCUUGUCAAUCAAGCAAAUUUCCUCCACUGGAAGUAGCUCAAAGAGCACCACCACCGCACUCUUCUUCGACAAAUCUAAGUCCCAUCAAGAAUCGCCCAGGCCGACGAAAAUUCAGGAACUAACCGUUUACGAGAUCAACGAGCGAGACCGAUCAAGUCCAGCUGUUCUCAAACUGAGUCAAAAACCCGUCAGCUCGCUCGGCGACCUUGUGCCUUUCACGAACAAGCUCUACAGCGGAGACUUGAAGAAGAGGUUGGGGAUAACCGCAGGUCUCUGCGUCCUGAUCAAGCAAUUGCCGGAGAAGAAGGGGGACCAUUACGAGGCCAUCUACAGCUUCUACUUCGGCGAUUACGGCCACAUCUCGGUGCAGGGACCUUAUCUGACUCACCAGGACACCUUUCUGUCCGUGACCGGAGGAACGAGGGUUUUCGAAGGGGUGUACGGACAAGUCAAAUUGCAACCACUCGUGUUUCCUUUUAAGCUGUUCUACACUUUCUACUUGAAGGGAAUACCUGAUUUGCCAGCCGACCUUCUGUGGAAGCCGGUGCCUCCGUCACCGACCAUCGAGCCAUCGCCGGCUGCGAAGGCACUGGAUCCUAGCUCCUGUAUCCUCAACUUCACCGAUUAAUGCUCUGGCUGGCUGCGCCUCUCAGAUCAGAUGUGUGGAGAUAUUUUGUUCAUCAGUGUUAAGCUAGUUAAUCUUGUGAGAUUUAAUAAUCUGAGAGAUCAUAUAAUUUCGUAGAGCUGUUGCGGAUUCAAUUGCUAUGAAUAAAUAAACUCAUCAUCACUGGAUGUAUAAAUAAAUAUGUGUGUGUUUAUGCUACACUUCUGG